AUGGCGGCGGGGAGGCGCGGCCCCGCCCACCGGAAGGAAGGGGAAGAUGGCGGCGCCCGUUGGGCCCGGCGCUUCCGGUCCUGCGCAGUGGGGCGCGGCAGGAAGCGGAGCGGAGGCGGGAGAGGCUGCUGGAGGAGGGGCCACGUGGAGGCCUCGCGUUCCCUGGGGGGCGGCAUGGCCUCCUGCGAGGGGGGCGUCAUCGUCCUCGACCCCCCGUCCCCCGCCCCGCACCCCCCGCCGCCCGCCGGCAAGGACCCCGCCAGCCUCCGCAGCCACAACCGCCGCCUCUUCCAGGAGUUUGUGGACUUCUGCUCGCAGCACACGAAGGAGCACCCGGAGGUGAUGACGUACCUGGCCGGCCGCCACCAGAAGACCACCCCGCAGUUCCUGGCCUCCGUGGAGUUCUGCAACGUCCUGGGCCGCUGCCUGAGCCGCGUGCAGGCCAAGCGCAGCAAGGUCUACGUCUACAUCAACGAGCUGUGCACGGUCUUCAAGGCCCACUCCCAGAAGAGGAAGCUGCCCCUGAGCUCCUCCGCCCCCGCAGAGCCCCCCGAGGCCUCCUCUGCCCCCGCAGACCCCGCAGAGCCGCAGGCCGAGCCCCCGGAGCGGCGGAGGGGCUCCAAGCGGCAGAUCCGGUACUUGGAGAACCUGCUGCAGGUCUACGCGGUGGAGAUCCGGCGGCUGCAGGAGCGGGAGCUGGACUUGGAGGAGCUGGACCGCGAGGACUCGGCCUACCUGCAGGAGAACCGCCUGAAGCGGCGCAUGAUGCGCAUCUUCGAGCGCCUCUGCGAGCUGAAGGACUGCAACAGCCUGACGGGGCGCGUCAUCGAGCAGCGCAUCCCCUACCGGGGGACCCGCUACCCGGAGGUCAACCGCCGCAUCGAGCGCCUCAUCAACCACCCGGAGGCCUUCCCCGACUACAACGACAUCCUGAAGGUGGUGCUGAAGGCCAAUAGCCGCCACAGCCUGGGCCUGCCCAAGCGCCAGAUGGAGAGCAUGGCCGCAGACGCCUUCCGCGAGGUGGGCAACCGCCUGCAGGAGCGCCGCCACCUCGACCUGGUCUACAACUUCGGCAGCCACCUCACCGACCAGUACCGGCCAGGCUCAGACCCCGCCCUGUCGGACAGCGAGCUGGCCCGCCGCCUGCGGCACAACCGGGAACAGGCCCUGCAGCGGCUGGAGCAGGUGGUCUCGCACUACACGCAGCUGCAGGACAAGAGCGAGGAGGACGAGUGGCGCCGGAAGCGGGGGCAGACCCCCAGCAGCGCUGCCGCCCGCCAGAAGGGGGAGCCGGCCUCUCCCAACUCCUCCUCGGGGGCUGCCGGCCCAGAGGGCAGACUCAGUCCCAGAGCGGCCAGAAAGACUUCGAAGGCAGACGAGGAAGAGGAGGACGAGGAGGAGGAGGAGGAAGAAGAGUCCUCCUCGGAGUCCGACCUUGAGGCGGAGCUGGAGAAGAGCUUGGAGGGCGGAGAGGAGGAGGAGGAGGAGGAGGAAGGCCCGGGCCCAGAUGUGCCAUGA